AGAGUGAAUAAGCGCGAGUGAAUAUCUGACCCACCCUACCUUAUAGUACCGUGAGGCGUGGUUUGUUUGUGGCUCGGUCAUUCACUUUCGUUUUUGUUUUCUCGACGUCCUCGAAAAGAUGAAGCCACACGUCAACGGAGAUAAGCCUGUCUGCAGGCAACACCACCAACAAUUUUGGCUCUCUAAAUUAAGGACUAUGAAGGUGUAAAUCCAAAGUGGCUAUUGAUUUCUACAAGAAUGUGAUGAAUGAGGCUACAGUGGAUUUUUCUCACUAUCAUGAUAAAUGCAAUUUUCAUUCAAUAAUUGCUAAAAAAAGAAAAAAGACCAAUAGCUAUGUUCCCCUGACUAUAUUCUUAAGUAAACAAACAGAUGUUUAAAAUGCAUAAUAAAAUUCCACACUCCCACCUUUUAAAAUGACCCAAAAUAUAACCUACAGCAUCUAUACAGGGUCAUACAGUGAAAUGGCAGCUGGAUUUUCUAACAUAGUCAACUGUGUGACUGCAUCUCUUGAAAAAGAGGAGUGUAAAACACUACUGUACCUUUGUACAGAUUUGUUCAACAACAUCUGCAUGGAAGAUUUGAGAGGGGCUUUGUUGGCAUUUGCCAAACAGACACAAGCUCAAGCAGGUCAAGCUCUGCUGAUGGAGCUCAUGUUCCGAAUGAAGCGCUUUGAUAUCCUAAAGAAAGUUUUUGGUACCAACAGACAACAGGUAGAAGGAAUUCUGAAGAAGGGAGCUGUCCUCUCAGAUUACAGGGUUCUAAUGGCAGAAGUGAGCGAAAACCUGGGGAAUAAGGAGUUACAAUCUCUUAUAUUUCUCCUGAGCAGUACCCUGCCCAAAGAAAGACUGGCUAGAGCUACUAGCUUUCUAGAUGUGGUAGUGGAGUUGGAGAAGUUAGAUGAAGUAUCAUGUGACAAGGUAGACCUGCUUGAACAGUGUUUGACAAACAUUAACAGAAUGGACCUUGUCAAAAGGAUUCAGGCCUACAAGAAUAGAGGUCAGAAUGUACCAUGUGCAGUUCCUAAAGUUCAGAAAUCCUUUAAGUUCGCCCCUGUGCAAUGCCAGCCUUCUGUUCAACAAGUGAAACAAACACUAUGCUUUUCUCAAGAGUUUCAAAAUUUGAAGGUUUCAGUACCUGAAACAGGGACACAACAUCGACAGGCUUUCAUGGAGCAGUAUGAAAUGAAUCCUGAGCAGAGGGGUCUGUGUGUGAUUAUUGACUGUGUUGGCUUUGAUGGAGAGAUGAUGAAUCAGACAUUCAAGUGUCUGGGUUUCAAGGUCAUUUUUCACUCUCUCUUGGCUCUAAAAGAAACCCAGAAGGUCUUGGAAGACCUGACCCGCAACAGGAUCCUUCAGGGGGUCAGUUGCUUUGUCUGCUGCAUCAUCAGCAGGGGAACGGACACUCAUCUGUUGGCAACGGACUCUAGCAGACUUGGCAUCAUGCUGGAGGACCUCAGGCAGCUUUUCAGCCCAACCCAGUGUCCCUCUCUAUGUGGUAAACCCAAACUAUUCUUUACCCAGAUCUACAGGACCACAGAAGUCCCAAAUACCCCCUUAAUGGAUGAUGAAUACCUUGAGACAGAUGCGCCAGCAUGCCACUAUUCUAGGAGGCUAUGUGCGAAUACAAGGACUAUCCCAGCGUCGACAGAUCUCCUUUGGAGCGUGUGCAGAGCAGAGGCAAAGCUGCUGGAAGGGUCUGGACACCAGUCGGUUUACCUGCAUGCCUUAAAUUCUACCUUUCUGAUGGGAUGUCAGAGAAAGAUGCUUUUAUUGGACAUCAUGGAAGAGGUGACGAGAAAUGUGUUUAGUUACAAUCAACAAAAUCCUGAGAAUCAGUACCACCUUCAACUCUCUCACACACUACGCAAGAAACUUUAUUUGUAACACUUAAUGUCCACACACACCCUAUACUUGUUUUUUAGGAUGGAAAUAUUUUCCAUAUAGUGGAUGAAUAAUCAGAGCAUAGCUGAAUACUGCCGUAGUAAUCAUUGUGUUUCAUGUAUUUGUAUAUUAUUAUUUAUAUUUAUUUGUGUAUCUUCACCUCCAUUGGCAGCUGAUACAGGGUUCUCUAUUGCAGUCACAGUGCUAGUGCCUCACUAAUUAAUUUAAGAAUACCUUCAGUCAUUACUCCGGCUAAGUGAAGUUUAUUUGUAUAGCACUUUUAUAAAUACAUAUUGUCUUUAAAGCAGCUUUACAAAAAAAACAUGACUUAAUCCUCCAAAGUUGCAAGGCAAAGAUGAAUGGUGCAAGGAAAGCAACUCUAUUCAUUUACAUGCUAAAUAUAGUUCCAUCAUGCUGUAGUAUUAAUUAUGUACACUGAAUACAUUUUUAAUAUGCAAGAUGUGAGAUUUGAGUAUCUUGUUCAAAAAUCCACUUCUCUUCUAUAUGAAACUAUAUACACAUUGAUAAUAAUGCAUAUACACAUUCUAACAAAUAUAUCCUUAUUGUCUGAUAGUUUUGAUGUACUGUAUCAGUAGGCUGGAGUUUUGUGACCUUAAUGAGUGUGGUGGAUCGUAGCGCGAUCGAUCACUCUCUAGAGCAGAACAUAGAGUAGACCAUAGACUUGAAAAGUUGAUGUGAAUUGAUGAUUCAAUUUGGGCUGAUCUAAUCAGUUUUUAUGACAUAUGUAGAAUUUGUAUAUUGUAAUAUAUAUCAAACCAGAUUGUAAUGUAAUGUUAAAAUAUUUAAACAUAGGCCUUUAUCUAAUUGUCAUUUAAAUAAAUAACUUAUCAUAUUCACAUAAUUAAUUUAAUCUCCCUUCAGAGACUUGCUUACAAAAUGAUUACUGGAUGCUUUCUGUUAGCAGAUAAUAAAAUGAAUUAACAGAUUAUAACAAUAGCGACCAGUAUGAAAAUCUCUCUAAACUGCAUUACACUUGGCAGCAUGGGAUGUGUAGAGAAAGUGAGUAUUUGAAUAAAAAGCUAUAAAUCUA